AUGGUGGGGCAGCUGGCACCCAGCCCCCUGGGCACCAUGCCCUGGCCAGCUCUGGUCCAGCACCUCAGUGAGACACCCCACACUCCCCAGUCAGCCAGCACCCCCCGGAACCUUGGGGUCUUCGGAGUGCCCAUCUCCACGCUGCGCUGGCUCUUCCUCCCCUCGAUCUUGCUGGCUGCUGCCACGCUGGCCCUGAGCCCCCUGCUGCUGGUGACCAUACUGCGGAGCCAGCGGCUGCGGCGAGAGCCCCACUACCUGCUGCUGGCCAACGUGCUGCUCUCCGAUCUGGCCUACAUCCUCUGCCACAUGCUCAUCUCCACCAGCAACUUAGGCUUCUGGGAGCUGGGCCGUAUUGCCUGUGGCUUUCUCACCGAUGCCAUCUUCGUCUCCUACACUAGCACCAUCCUGUCCUUCACAGCCUCGGUGCUGCACACCUGCCUGGCCGUCACACGCCCCCUGCACUACCUCUCCUUCGUGUCCCAUGGGGCUGCCCGGAAAGCAGUGGCCCUCAUCUGGCUGGUGGCCUGCUUCUUUCCCACAUUCCUCGUUUGGCUCAGCAAGCGGCAGGAUGCCAGUCUGGAGGAGCGAGGGGCUGCCUGCAUCCUGCAGCUGAGCCUUGGUGCCAAGCUGAACCAGGGCCAUCUGGUCACAGUCACACACACCUCCAUCUUCUGCAUUCUCUUCCUAUGCUUAGCUCUCAUCACCUACUGCUUCUUCAGGAUCUACAUAGUGGCCAGGACUUCAGGGGCCUGGACGCAGGGCUGUGCCCGGGCCAGGGGCACACUGCUUAUCCACACAGUGAUAAUCGUGCUGUAUGUUAGCCCAGUGGUGAUGUUCUCCCUGGACAUCUUGCUGAUGCAGAACCGCCACAUCAGUGUCACAACUCACGUGUGGCUCCUGGCGGCCAACAGUGAGGUUCUCAUGAUGGUUCCCCGUGCCAUGCUCCCCUAUCUGUACAUGCUCCGUUACCGACAGCUGCUCGGCGUCAUCCGGGGCCAUUUCUCACCCAGAAGGCACAGCGCUAUCUUCACUAUUUCCCAGAGCUGCAGAAAACACAGCCUGGGAGUCUGA